AUGUCAUCGCCGUCAACUCUAUUAUCUCUGGCCUCGUCGAUCAUCGUCGAACCGGUCCAACAUUGCAUCCAAUCGGCCAUUCGGUACCUCUACACUCUAUGCUCCACUCAACUCACCAUUAUCAUCGACGAGUUUCGCGGAAUCACUCGUAAUCAUAUCUACGAAGCCGCAGAGAUAUACCUGGGUACGAAAAUCGGCCCCAACACCAAGCGAUUCAAAGUUCACAACACUACGAGAGAUAAAAAACUCUACACCAGCGUCGAGAAAAAUGAAGAGAUCGCCGAUACUUUCCAGAACGUUCAACUAAAAUGGAGAUUCGUCUGCAUUCAGCUUAAGAGUCCGAACCCAACCAUUAUUACUUCAGAAAAAAAUUUGUUUGAGCUCACUUUUCACAAGAAGUUCAAAGAAAAAGUGUUGAACGAGUAUUUGCCCCAUGUAAUGGAAGAGUACCAAAGGAUAAAGGAUAAUGACAAGGUGAUGAAGCUCUAUGCUAUGAAUCUGUCUAACGAUAAAGCGAUUUGGGGUUCGAUCAAUUUUGAGCAUCCGUCAACGUUUGGGACUCUUGCUAUGCAUGAAGAGACGAAGGCGGCGAUAAUCCAUGAUUUGAAGAGAUUUGUGAGGGGAAAAGAUAUUUACAAGAGGGUUGGGAAGGCUUGGAAGAGGGGGUACUUGUUGUAUGGGCCUCCUGGGACUGGGAAAUCGAGCUUGGUCGCAGCCAUGGCGAAUUACUUGAAGUACGACAUAUAUGACUUGGAGCUUACAAGCGUGCGCUCGAACUCGGAAUUGAGGAGAAUUUUGACAUCCACUACGAAUCGAUCGAUCAUUGUGAUUGAGGACAUCGACUGCAGUGUCGAUAUCAAUGAUCGGCAGUUGAUAAAUUACCAUUACAAUAACAACAACAACAACAACAACAACAACAACAACAACAAGUUGACACUGUCGGGGCUAUUGAACUUCAUUGAUGGAUUGUGGUCGAGUUGUGGAGAUGAACGGAUCAUUAUUUUCACAACUAACCAUAUUGACCGCCUUGAUCCUGCUCUGUUGCGAUCUGGUCGAAUGGACAUGCACAUUCCCAUGUCCUACUGUACACCUGAAGGAUUUAGGCUCUUGGCAUCCAAGUACCUUACCAACUGCAAUAAUCACCACAGGCUCUUUGGUGAGAUCGAAGGCCUAAUUGAGAAUGUGCAGGCGACCCCUGCAGAAAUGGCUGGGGAGCUAAUAAAGAGCGACAACCCUGAUAUUGUUCUCGUUGAAGUUGUUAAUUUCCUGAAGCGAAAGCAUACCAAGGAAGAAAAAUGUAGAGGAACUGAAAAGGGCGCAAAAAGGAAAAAAAACUGAGAGAAUUGGUAGUAGGAUCAUAAGAAACUGUAGGAAAAGAUCCUCGGUGUCAUGAACGUGGUAGUUGGGUUGGGGGUGGGUGUAAUAGGAG